CUGUACACAAAAAUCAGUCACAUGACCUAUUACGUAGGCUAGAGAUAAGUCGCCAUAGUUAAACUCUAUACAAACGAUACUCUUCGAUUACAUGCAAACACAAUUAUCGUAAAGUGGACCGUUUGCCGCAAAGUAUUAUUACUUUCGUUUAAGGCAUAGAAAAUGAAAGUGUAUUUAUUAAAGCGAACACUUUUGAUUGAUUUAAUCAAUAUUAUAAGACACAAAAACUUUACAACAGUGCCAUCCUUACCAAAAUUAAUGUAUACAUUAGUAUGACAUACUCUCUAGAAACUGCUUUAGAGUGAUAAGAGGUCAUGAUCUGAAUUAAACAUUAAACUAUGUAUCUUGGACAAUCUAUAAAGGUUUUGGCCGUUCCUCUCGACUAAAUGCCUUUUGAGAACUGUUUACACAAACGUAAAUAACAUUCUGAGGACAUGUAUUGCAGAAACGUGAAUACCAUCGCUAUGAAAAUCAUCUCAGUCCAUCCAACGUGAAUUCAAUUUAACAGAAAAUUAACGUUUGUAUAGAAUUUACAUGUAAGAGUGUUUUAUAAAAGAUUGACGUCUCAGAUCUAUGCAAACAAAAAACACGCUGACAUUCAACUUCUAUUCAAACGUAAAGUUAUAAACAAUCAUUGUAAGGUUGAUUUCUCUCAUGAAAUAUUUUCAAUUACUUCCUAUACUCUUGUUUUUAUAUCAAAAAUAUUAUUUAAAGGAUACAAUUAGUGAAGAAAAUAGUGUCGAAAUUGUUUACGACAGAAGUUUUACGUUCGUAUAGAAUUGAGAUAUCAAUGUUUUUGUUUGUAUAGAUUUGAGACGAUAAGUUGUUUAUUAAAAUAAACUUCCUGGUUGGUAGUGAAGGCCAGGGAAAGGACAUUUAUAAAUGAAACCCUAUAUGUUACAGGACUAUGGCAUCGAAGUUUGAAUCCUCCAUUCAGAGGGGCUGUGAUUUCAUCCAUGAUUUCGUCUGUUCCCCAUGCGAAGAAGAUAGAUUGAACACGGAAGCUCAAUAUUUCUGUAAUCAGUGCACGAAAUAUUACUGCGUAAACUGUGUCCCAGUUCACAACAAGCUAUUCAAGAGACACUCGGUACUCGACCGGAAGGACGUGAAGAAAUGGGCAGCAGCACCAGGGACGGUGGACGUCCUUGAGAGAUGCGAGAGGCACCCCGGGGAGGCGCUCAAGCUGAUCUGUGGUGACCAUGACCAGCUGUGUUGCCAUGUGUGCGUUGCCGUGGAUCAUAGACUAUGUUCAUCAAUACAGCACAUUCCAGACGUUGCAAGGGACAUCCGCAAAGAUCCCGGGUUUCGCCAACUACCUCAACAGGUUGCUGUUCUUAGGAAGCAGAUAGAAGAUAUGAAAAACGACCGAAAGAAAAAUAGUUCCUUAUUGAGGAAGACUCGAACAGCCAUUGUUGAUGAAAUCAAAGCAAUUCGUAAAAUGAUCAACGGCAUUCUUGACAAGAUGGAGAAAACAACCGUUCAAGAAUUAGACCGUCUGGUAACUGAUCAGGAAAUGUCCAUUAAGAAAGAUAUGGAAUCCUGCACACAGAUGCACGAUGAAUUAAAGAACAUCAUAGAUGACAUACAAAGCAAAGACUCAUCAGGCGAACCACCCCUAUAUAUUGGUUUCAAAAAAUGUGAAGAAAAAAUCAAACAAGGAAAAGAAAUUCUGCAAAACAUGUCAAGUGUUGUCAAAUACGAUUUAACUUUUCGUAAACAUAAUGGAAUAGAAGAUAACUUGUCUUCGAUGAAGACAUUUGGAGUGUUAAAUGAAUCGAAUGUUUAUUGUAAACAACCACUGAUAUCACUAUUCCCCCGAGAUCAUGUAUUCGCUACCAAAGAUUACAAGGAGUACAACGUGAAGAUGAGUUCAGACAAAGAUACAUGUGAUAUUGAAGGGAUGUGUGAGCUGCCUGGUGGAGAGAUUGUUAUUACAGACUCCAACAACAUGACAGUGAAACUCCUGGACCAGGAGUACAGGGUUGUCGACCACUGUGAUGUUCCCAGGUGUCCACUUGACGUGUGCCAUAUAGGCGGAAAUGAGGUUGCCGUUUGUGUUAACAACGACUAUAAUGAUACACAUGAACUUCAUUUCAUUAACAUUAUAAAAGGGAAACUUGUGACUACGAGAAAGUUAAGUUUCUCCCAUAAAUGUUACGGCGCGACUCAUCACGGGAACAACCUUUACAUUUCAUCAGACACCGCGCUGUACGUCUAUACGAUGACGGGGAAGCUGGUGAAGACGCUGAACGUCUUUACGAUGACGGGGUGGCGUAUUAAGAAGAGGUACAAGGACAAGUCUGGUGGUGACACGGUGGCGAGAAUUGCCAUCAGUAACGACGGGAAAACUAUCUACAUCACAAACUACUCAUACAAUGAACUUAUCACCCUGGACAACCUCGGCAACAAGCUGGCCACAUUCACUGAUCCUGACUUGGGAAGACCUACCGGAGUACACGUGACAACUGCUGGACACGUGUUCGUCUGCUGCUAUGAUUCCGACACAGUGCUGCAGGUUGACAAGGACGGGAAGACGAAGUUGGCCACACUGGCAAGGAAACAAGACGGAGUGUACAAACCUAGAGCUUUGUUCUUCAGCAGUCGUUCUUCCUCUCUGAUUGUCGGCGGACUGAAAGACACGCUCCUCGUCCUUAAUGUACGAUAAAUAAUAGAUCCAAUUACAAGUGACAAAAAAUACAAUUAUUAUAACUGAUUGAUUUUUACUUUAACCUUUCUCGUAAAUAUAAGUACGGAUGGAAAAUGUACAUGUAUAUAAUACAAGAAUCAUUUUUGCUUAAACGUACAUAUACCUUUAUAUUUGACGUAUUUUAUUUGCUUUUAGCUACAUAGUAAUUCUGUUUAUCGUACACAUGUUAUUCAACUAAAUGACUGUUUAUUGUAUAAUGUUAUUCCCGUAUAUUCAAUAUGUUGUUAGUGUGUAUGUAUACUCGUAUAUAUAUAUAUUUAGAUUUAUUCUUUAUUUAAUGUUAAAAUAAAAUAUAUUAUACGGCCCGUUUUGCCAUGUGCCUUUAAAAAGCUUCAAUACUUUUACUACAACUACAAGAGAGCCAGUUAUAUGUUAACUAUUUUCACUGGAAACCUAGAUGAACAUAGGUGCAUUAAUUAUGCAGAGUUUCUUUAAAGUAAAAACAAUAACAACAUAUACCAUGAUUAUAGUUGGUUUUGUUUUCAAUUAAAGGCACACAAUAAAGAUUGAUUCAAAAAACAUUUUGUUUUUA